CAAAGGAACGCCAGGAUGAUUUCGUAUGUGGAGUGUCUUGGUGGGGAGGGGACCGGGUCUGGCAUGGGGUCGCACUGUUGGAACGGCGGUCCUGACGAAGAGCGAGAUGAGCUGCUUCCACGCAAGAUGGUCGCCUUGCAGCCCAAGACUGAGGGCAGCCUGCGUCGGCGCCUUCUCAGCGCCAAAAUCCACCAGCACCACGAAGCCAUUUUGGGAAUGCACGCAGCCAGUGGUGGCAGUAGACCAGGGACGCCCCCGCCUCACCUUCAGCAUCCAGGGUACAGUCCUUGGUCCCGUCACCAGCACGUCCCGCCACGACCCCACAUCAUCCAGUCUUCAGAGGCUCACGGAAAACUGUUCCUUGCCCCAGAGGGUUACAGGAAGCAAAACCAACAACCGCCACCCCUUCAGGCGUCGCGAUACCCUGUCCUCACUCAGCGGAGCCGGACAGGUUCAUGCCCCCCGACUCCCGAGCCCCGUCCCGGCUACACCUUGCCCUUUCCCUCACCGCUCAGUGUCCCGCACCACCUCAAGGAGCCGGAGGUUCCACCACAGUACCGCUACCGGCCCAGCAGAAGGCGCAGGACCGGCUUCUUCUGCUUCAGAUCCCAACGAGGAAGGAGCUCCAGGCUGGAGGCCACACAAACCACGCCCCUUCUACCUAGAGCAGGGGAGCGUGACAGUAAGUGGUCUGUUCACUACACUACCCAGAAGCCCCAGCAGGGUUUGCUUUUCAUCCCUGGAAAGAGAUCAGGCAGUGCUGAUGACCUGCGAGCAUGUAACGGGCUGACUCAGCAUGGCCGCCCAACGAGCCCCGCCCCCCACCUAUCCUCCUCUGGCCUGGGCCAAUCAGAGAGCAGCACAGCCCGCAGAGGAUGGAGGGACAAAAGCAGGAGGAUGUCCUCAGCUUUCUCAGACGAAGAGGAGAGGUUCAUCACACGUCCUCUGACCCCACUGGUCUUAAACCCCGUCCCCCCCGUCCCCUGUUGGGAUGUCUUUUCCCCCGACUACGAGCUCCCCACGGACGUGGAGAUGGAGCCGACCCCCCGGCUCCCGACACCAGAGGAGAGGAUGAGGCAGCAGGCGGAGUCGGUCCCCGCUGAUAUCGUACCCAUCAAUAUAACCGGAGAGAGUUUUGAUCGUCAGGCCAGUUUGCGGAAAGGAGUUUCCAACAAAGAAUCACUCUCCCAGCGACCCCGCAACCUGAGCCGCCGCAAAACUGUUUCUGGGAUACCUGAUGAUGUCAGCAGGAAGCUGGACUCGCCUUCAGCUUCUGUGGUUCUUCCUGGUCAGUUUUCCACCGUGGGCCGACCAGCCUCCUCCUGCUGCACUACCGCCCACCAACAGGAGUACACGGGGGAGGAGGUGGACGAGGAGGAGCCGGGGCGUUCAUCAUCGAGGAGGAUCCGAGCCCCAAGAGGACGGGGGAUAUCCAGCCUCAUGGCGUCCCUGACCUCCUCCCCACCUGUCAUUUCCAGUCAUGACCACUGUUUGUCCUCCUCGACGGACCACAGCCUUCCCCGCCUGGCAACAAACUCCUCUCUGGAUUCUGAGGCCAGCUGUAACAGCGCCUCCUACAGGACGAUCAGCGCCUCCUCAUCUUGUUGCCAGGAUCAACAGGGUUUCCCCAGUGACCUGCAGCCCCUGCUGCCCUAUGACCCCGCCGCCAGGGUCAUCCCACAGUCUCCUUCCUCUUCCUUUCCCUCUUCUCCCUCCUCCCUCCCAAGUUCCCCCAGCCGUGCCCGUCCUACUGAAUGGUCUUACCCAAGUGAUCACUCCGUGAAUGAAGCUUCUUCCUCGCACUACCUCUCCUCUUCCUCCAUUGCUGAGUCUCAGUUUAGCUUCCAGGCUCUGGAUGAUCACACUGCUGCCGAACAUUGCAGCUCCUACGAUGGGGAGACUUUGAGCUACCAGCCCCUCUCCUGCAGCUCCAGCAUCCACAGCGGUCAGACUGGGGACGACUGGACUGGCCUCGCCCAGGAGAGGAGAUGUGAUUCUGGAGAAGGUUGGAACUGUGACCCUCUGCUCUCCUCCGGUCGCUCCACACCAUCGCACACCGAUAGCAGCUCUGUAUGUUCGGAGAAGAUGAACCGGGAGAAAAGGAAGUACAGCACUUCCUCCUGCUACUCUUGCACCAUGACCCGCAGCAUCUCUCUCCGCAAGUCCAAGCGGCCGCCCCCGCCGCCACUUCGCUCUGAUUCUCUGAGGCGCCGGCCAGGUCGCAGCAAACCCCCCCGCUCCUCUUCCAGUCCCCGCCCACAGCGGAGCCCCCGCCUGGAGCAUGCCACCCAGCAGACGCACACUUCCUCACCUAAGACCUUCGACGACCCCUGGGUGCCCCGGUGCAACAUCAAGAGACGCCAGAGUGGGUUCAACUGUGGGACGGUCACAACCUUUGAACCUUUAGAGUGCCAGGCGGCGACCUCUGCUGACUGUCCACCUUCCAAGCCGCUCCCGCCGAGCUCCAACCAAUCAAACGACCACGUCUUUACUCCUGAGUCUCCAGGCUCAGAGGAGGCGGCAGGGCUUCAGCGCCUCGCUUCGCCUUCCAGCGGCUACUCCAGCCAGUCGACUACACCCACUCCUGGCACUCCAGUGUCCUCGCCCCUCACCCCCUCCUCCCCUCUCGCAGUAAGCCCUGGAGCCUUCUCCCUCCCCCCGACCUCCCCCUUCUCUUCUUUACACUCCUUCCCCCCGUCACCCGCCUCCUCCUCGCUGCCCAGGCCGACGUCUCGGGGCGAAGGGAGGCCGAAGCCACCAGUGCCAGAGAGGAAGUCAUCACUCUUCUCCUCCCUCUCCUCCUCUUUCUCUUCCACCUCCUCCCUCUCUUCCUGCACCUCCUCAGACUCUUUCGCCAAACAUCCUCUCCUCCCUGCUCCUCCUCCUCCUCCUCCAUUGCCUCCUGUCUUCUCCUCCCCUCCUCCACCUUCUUUCAGCAAACACUCUGCUGCUUCUCCUCUAACACCUUCAUCUCUUCCUCCCCCACCUCCUCCUCCUCCUCUCCCACCCUUGACCCUCCCCACUCCUCCUCCUCUCCCUCCUGCCUCUCGGCCUCCUCCUCCCCCCUACUGUUAUGCCAUCAGGCAGACCUCCCAUCAUGCUUUCAUGUCGAUUCCCCCCCCUCCACCUCCAUGUUCACCUCCCUCUUCAGAACUCUCUGAAUUGCCAGUUGCUGACCUUCCACCUCCACCACCACCUCCUCCUCUUCCUCCAUUGCCUCCUGGUACCCUGCUCCCCUCGCCAGGCCUCAGUGAGUCUCCGAACCGACAGGUUAGAUUGUCCACGCCCCCCUGUCCCCUUGUCACUGCCAAAGCUCUGCAGUGUGUCAAGCUUCGCUCCGUCAAGAACCACGAAGGCCUCACUAGCAUCAUGCUCACCGACAUCGUACCUGCUGACACCCUGUCAGCUAAUGCUAACCAUGCUAAUACUGUCCACGAUGAACCUGGCACAGAAGCUCAUCCAGACAGCGCUGCUGACCAUCAUUGCCCAGACGUUGCUAAUGUAAAGCAACCUGGACUCAAAUCUGAUCAUGAGAACCUCACAAAAAGUGACACGAGAACAUCUUAUCCUCAGAGCCCACGAGGCAUUGUUGCUCACCCAGCGAACCAGACGAGCUCUGAACCUAAGCUGACUGGUGGCGAAACACCUCAAGACACCAAGUGCAACCAGAGAAGAGAAGAUUCAGACCUGUAUGCUGCUCUGGCAGACAAUCGGGACUCCAGUCCUGAAAGUCCCUGGGUCAAAAUGUCUCACGAUACUGACAAAAACCACAUCAACACAAUCCUGUUGGAGACAAAUCGGGAGAAUAACUCAGAGACAUGGAUGCGCUCCCCCGAGAAGCCGACCCUGCCCAAGAAGCCCGAUCUUGGCAUUCUGGGUCUCAUGGCGUCCCCCGAGGCCAGACGAGGUCCAGACGGGUGGAAGAGCGGCGGACAAAUCACAGCGCCUUCUCCUGGGCUCAACAACCCAUCACAGCUUCCUGUUGAGUCCUUCUGCACACCUUUGCAAACACACAUGACCCACAAUGCUUCUUCACCUGCACACUCUGUAACUGCUGCUGCUGCUUCACCUGCACACUCAGUGACUUCUGCUGCUUCACCUGCCAACUCCCCUGCCGGCUCCCCACAGAGGCAAAAGCCCCCGAUUUUGCACAAGAAGCCAGAUCUCUCAUUGACCUCACCCAAAAUCGUCAAACCUCUGAUUUCAUCUGCAGUGGGGGCAUCCAGAGGCACCUCUGGGACUGGGGGGCCCCUUAAGAUUACUGGUAUCUUACCGGCCAUGGGUGCCUCAGAGGUCAUGGGUCAGACAAGGGCUAGAAACACGUCAGAGAACUGUGGUACCCCAGGUAAAUGGGGGACCUCUGAGACUUGUUGCUCUUUGGCUCAUGGAGCUACUUCAACCCAAACCGGGACCGCCGACCCCUGGAUAAUCAGGACAGGACUUCAUCAGGACAAUGAGAAGACGUUUCAUAAGGACCUGAUGAGGUCUUCGAUGGCUGAGGAUGAAGAGGAAGACGAGAAGGAGAGAGUCGAAGAGAGACGGAUGAAGAUGAUGGCCUCAACCACCACGCGUAAGAAAGACAAAGCAAGGAAGAGGAGGAAGAGGAGGACGGGCAGGCAACUGCUGAUGAUAUCAUCAAUAAAGGAGCCCUCGCCCUCUUCAUCAUCAUCCUCAUCAUCGUCCUCAUCAUCGUCUUCAUCAUCAUCUGGAGACGAACGAGACGCGGCAAUAGAAAAAACACUGCAAAUGAGUCAGAGGGCGAAGGUGAAGACGACGGUAUGUGACGAUGACACCAGCGACUCUGAAAGCUCCUGCGCUGUGAUUGGUCAGCGCAGAUGCUCCCUCAGCAGUGCACUGUCCACUGACAGCCUGCGAGGGGAGCUGUUGCUCCCAGAUCUCCUGAUACAGGAGGAAGAAGAAGAAGAGAGGAGCGGAGAAGGAGCAGAUAGGAGGUGGAAGGCAGUGAUGGAGGCUGGAGAACCUCCAGAUGCUGACGUGUUUGUGAGUGUUUCUGCAGAUCAGAUGUUUGUCCCGGGUCAACCGCGAACCACUGAGGAUCUGUUUGCUGUUAUCCACAGGUCUAAGAGGAAGAUGCUCGGAAGAAGUCAUAUGUUGUCUUCCUCGUCCUCCACCGCCACCGACCCCAGGCCCCGCCCCAUGACACCGUCAGCCUUCAUAAGUCAGAGGUCAGCAAGGAGCGAGAGCUUUAAGGCGCUCCUGCUGAGGAAGGGCUGUCGGUCCGAUUCGUCUUCUCGAGUCUCAGCUGUCGAGCGGCUUCGCGUCCUCGCUGCUCCUGCGACUGAUAACGACCUCCAGAGGGCACUGCCACCGCCACCGCCGCCGCCAGAACGACCUCAAGGCGAACCCACAAGCUUGUCCAAUACUUCAGACACACUGACUCUUGACUCAGAACUCAGUCAGAACUUCUCCAUGAUUGGGUUCGGAUGGGGGCAGAGAGAUCUGAUGCAGAACCACCUCCUCCUCACCUCCUCCUCCUCCUCUCACUUCCUCUUCCUCUCCUCCUCCUCACUGCGGCCUCGCUCCCUCACGCCUCCCUGCUCCUCCAGCCGGCGAUUUGCUGCACGCUGCCGCCUCUACGCCGCCCCCAUGACCGCCAUCUUUGAAGGGGAGAGCGAGGAGGAAGAGGACGACGACGACGAGGUCUUCACAGCAGAUACAGGAGCCGAAGGAGAGUCGAGCCGAGCCGGAGGUCGGUGAAGAUUUCCUAACAAUGAGUUUACAGACGCAACUCGGACUCAAAGUCGCAAGCAAGUUGAUGGACAGUCGGCCCUUGAAGCUUCGCGUUAGAGAUCCGAGGAAAACUUUACCUGAAUGUGACGCUGUCGUGGUCUUCUACUGAUCCUGAUCAGGCCGUACUGCCUGAGAGAAGUAAACUGAACUGGACAAAAUUGGAUUGGAUUGAUUUCUCCGAAUUCUUUUGGACUGAAGAGGACUUAGUUGUUUUGGACUAUAGUGGACUAUAUUGUUUUGGACUAAAAAGUUUUUGACUUAAGUGGACUAAAUUGUUUUGUUGUGGACUGAAGUGGACUAAAUAACAAAGUAAACUGACUUGCAGCCUGAAUGUACUGGAGCACACUCUGCGACUCUGUUAAAGGACACGUCUUUCUGUCUCGUAUCGCUCUGUGGCAGAAAUCUACGGAAUCCCGAAGAGGACACACAUUUAAUUUUUCCUCAUGUUUUUUGUGGAAUCUGAAAGUCUGUGAAGUUUACUGCGGUGAAUGUAACAUCGCUUUUUAUCCUUUGCUUGUUUAAUUUUUUUUUUUUUUUCCUGAAAAGACCAUGUUUUGUUUGUUCGGUAAAAUCUUUAAAUCUAGGAAAAACAUUUCUGUCUGACCAAAGUUACAAUAAUUAUAAAAGCGUAUAAUAUUAAUAAUGUUUAAGCACAUGUGGGGUAAGACAAGAAAACUUUGAAUCCAAA